AUGUCGCGCGCUCAAAAUGGAUGUCGGGGCGGUGGUCGUGGAACCAAGGAACCACUCCUCAUUGACGCGGUCAUUGGCAAGGUGGUUAAACGCAACCGACGGAACUUCUCCGCCGCCUGGAUAGACUACAAAAAGGCAUUCGACUCGGUACCUCAUACAUGGCUGAAGAGGGUCCUCGAGGUGUACAAGGUUGACUGUACAGUUCCAGACGUCCUCGGGCAGUAUAUGGGCCAGUGGAGUAUAAUCAUUUGUCAUCUAGGCGCCCGAAUGACGGCUGCGGAGAACCACAUAAGAAUAAGAAUGGGUAUCUUGCAGGGCAAUUGUUUGAGUCCAAUCUCGUUCUGCCUCUCUCUAAACCCUCUCAGUACCUUACUGGGGGGUUCCGGGAGGGGAUUUCAACUUCGGAAAGGAGGUAUAAAAGUGACCCACCUUUUCUAUAUGGAUGAUCUCAAGUUAUUCGCCUCCAGUCGCUCCCAUCUUAUGGAAUUGCUAAACAUCACUCGUGAUUUUAGUAAUUCUAUUAAAAUGGAGCUGGGGAUGGGUAAGUGUGCGGUCCUUCAUGUAGAAAGGGGAAGGGUUGCUAACUCUGAGGGCAUAGACUUACCUAUACCCAUCAACAUGAGGACCCUUUCCGAGGCUGAAACAUACCGAUACCUGGGUAUGUCACAGAACAUCGGUGUAGAUGAGGCAGACAUGAAACAAUCAGUUUGCGAUCUGUUUUAUGCACACUUGACCAAAGUGCUUAACAGCCUUUUGUCGGGCGUGAAUAAGACACAGGCGUAUAACGGUUGGAUCAUGCCUGUCCUCACGUAUACCUUUGUCAUACUCAGGUGGACUCUGACCGAACCGAACGCUCUGGAUAGAAAAGUCCGCACUGUUAUGACGUCCCAUAGGAAGCACCAUCCGAGAUCGUUGGUGAUAAGGCUGUACUUGCAUGGUGGGCGUGGCUUUUAG